AUGGGACUUAAUUGUGAACCGUAUCCAAAUGGAGCUCUUCUGGCAAAUCCGGAUGAUCCACAUUCCUUUUAUCAAUGUUCGAAUGGCAUUGGUUAUUUGCUUCAAUGUCCAGCAAAUCUCGUUUGGAAUCAACAAAAACAAGUGUGUGAUUUUGGUGAUAAUGUUCCAAAACCCGACAAAGAAUCAACCAGUACCAUAGUACCAACUGUACCUGAGGAAUUAACGACGACAAAUAUUGUAUUACCACUCCAAUGCUCAAAUCACACUGUCAUAGAUGAUCCAACACGUCAUAUUCUGUAUAAUGCAACUCGAAGUUGUGAUGACGAGAAUCUUGGUUGGGUUCGAUUCAUUGAUGGAACAAAUAAUGGACGUUCAAUGAUAAUUCCAACUGUACAACCACCUUAUUUAGAACAUUGUGGUGCAGUUGUACCUGGAUGGUUAAAAAAUUUUACGUAUCCAACAACACUUGGAACAACAGUUCAAGCUUCAGUUUGUUUUGAUUUUGUAAUAACAGGUUCAACAGCAAGAUUCUGUAUGUACACAAUCGAUAUACAAAUUACCAAUUGUGGUCAGGAUUUUUUCGUAUUCAAUUUACCAGCUGCACCUCGAUGCAAUCUUCGCUAUUGUACUAUUUUAAGUCAUCUUCUAUAUAAGAAAAGAAAAAAAGAUGAUUUAAUUAUAUUCAAAUAUAAACAUAACAUGUACUCUAUCAAGAGUCAUUCAGGCAACAAAAGUUUGAUUUGA